AUGGCUGGUCGCUUCAACGAUUUCACAAUCACCGUCGACACCAUCAUGCCUACCAACACCCAUGACUAUACACAAACCGAAGCGCUCUCAGAGUGGCGGCGUGCUAUGCUCCGCGAGAUGCGAACCCAGCUGAAGGACAAUAUGUGCUCAUGGACUGCGAAGACGACCGAGAAGCGAUGCAGAUCUCUGAUGAGCAACGCAUCUUUGCAAAAGGCAAACGAUCUCCUGGACAUAUUGGAGGAAGAUGCCUUUGGUCUCUCUGCCCUUGAAUCUGUGCUUCAUGAUCUUGCUCCAUUGGCCCUCUGCAAGCGCUGGCACAGACAGUAUGCCGAGGAGCUCAGCCUAAACUGGUGCAAAGCGGCAGGCCAGGACUUCGCACGCCGAUUCGAAUUAGAUCCGACAGUGCCGGUGACCACUUCCGCAUCGAGCAUUCUAUCUCGGCGCGGGGACAGGACGUACGGGUUAAGGGCCGCAACUCCUAUUGAUAGUCCUCCUCUGAAUUCCGGAUUGGAGACUUUUACCACACCAAACAUUCGGUCCCGGCAUAGGGACAGUGAUUAUGGGCUCAGAACCAUUAGCCCCUUGGAUGGACUCGAUCGUACCGUCUCCGCAAGUAGACUGCGGAAGAAGACCCGACUGGAAGGGAUCACCCCGGACCGCCCAGCUCUUCUACGUGCCAGCAAGCACGGCUCCCGCAGCGGUCACUGCAGGAUCGUCGGAGUCGGGUUAAUCGCCUGUGAUGAUAUCGAGGAGUGCCCAAUCUGUUAUGACUCGUGCGAUGAGACAAUCUACACGCAGUGCGACUCAUGCGAAGGAAUGUUCCACCUACAGUGCAUGGAUGAGUGGCUGGGAAAAUGCAAUACUGGAACUCGUAUCUCAUGUCCUAUGUGCCAUAACGAAGAUUUCGAGGUCAUAUACGUGAGCGCGACCCCUCUAGCCCGCGCAGCGCAACUCCCUGAUACGCCUAUGCACUCGCAAGAGGUUGCUGCAGAGCAACUCGGCCGGGAAAGCAUGCCGACUAUCAUCCAACCGCCACUCGAGAGCCCCGAAGUUGCCGAGCGAACAUCAAGCUCCUCUCACCCAUCGUCAUCGAGAAGCACUCCUACAGAGCCAGCUCGCCGAUCAGGUCGCGAACGGCGUCGGCCUAAUCGCUUCGGCUACAAUGAGUCAUGA